GUUCAUCAUGCCUUCGGUAUUUUGUAGACAUGUGGGCGUCACGCCGUCCAGUCUCGCUCAAAUCAAGCACACACGCGCGCAUCGGCUCCCGUCCUCCUUCAUCUUGCUGCUACCGCUACCGAUGCCACUCAGGACCCACUCGCGACGCGGCAACGCGUAAAUCUCUCCAGUGCAUCUUGCACAGAUAACGCGGCGACUCCGGAGCUGCCACAGCAACGCUUGGCGACCCCCUCGGUUGUGUCAUACGCACGUACCAGUCUAUCAAGAAGCAUUUCCGCCCUCAACGCUGCGUCGGAUGACUCAGUGUAUGUUACGCCAGAGCCACAAGCCGACGCAAGCUCGCUUGCAUGUCCGCAAAGUGGCCCAUCCCACCGCGUGAUGUUGUUGCAAAGGAUGUCUGGAUACGAAACUCUGCAGUUUUCGGCGCCGGCUUUGGACAUCCAGGAGGCACACGAAGUGAUCACAGAACACGUCGCCGCCUCUGGGCUUCAGAAAUUCUUCAAAGAGGACGAUGCAUUCGUCAAGACAGUCGAGGCAAAUGCCUCGCAGUUGCAAGACGACGGCGAUUCUUUUCCUAUCACGAGGCAAAACGUACAACGCCUCAUUCGACUGAGCUUAUAUCACCCGGUGAUCUAUUGCGACGACAGCCACUCGAUGUCGUGGGAUGUUCCGAGUCGCUGGGACCUGCAACGCAAUGCUGUGGCUCGCAUUGCAAGCAUUACAACGCGGGCUCUCCCCCAUUCGUACGGUGUCACGCUGCGUUUCAUCAAUGCUCAUUACGCAGCACGGGAUAACAUUUCAGUGGACAACAUCCUUGAUACGUACGACCGAGUGAACCCCUCGAGUGGGACACCGCUCGGCACACGUUUGCGCAAGUAUAUUCUCAAGCCCUUGGUCUUCGACGUUCUGGACAGAGGUCUCCUCCUCGAACGUCCUCUUUUGAUAUGUGUCAUCACCGACGGCUGUCCAUUCGGCGAACAUGCGACAACUUUCGAGCAAGCUAUCGAAGAAUGUCGACAGCGGCUAGUGGAUGCCGGGUAUGAGCCGACUGCGGUUCGGUUCUGUGUGACUCAAAUUGGUGCCGAUGAAGGUUCCACGAGCUUUCUCGAGGAUCUCAGAAGUAAUCCAAGGAUACAGGACGUCAUGUACUGCACAACGGAGCGGCUGGACGAGAAAUUCCGGGAGUUAUGGGACAAUGGACGCCAGCUUGACGAGUGGCUUCUCAGAAUGCUCUCCGAUCCUAUUAUGCACCGCAUCGGGGACUGAUGAGAUGCGCAGUCCGUUCUCAUGACAUAGAGGCACAGCUGUCUGGCGAUGUA